GCUUCCUCCGGAGUUCGCUGCUUCGCUGCCGCCACCUCAUAAAUACACUUGUAGUGAGAGAAAGAGAAAAACAGAAAAAGAAAAAAAGAGGGGGAGAGAGAGGUCAGAGGUGUUGCUUGCAUACUCGUCAAAGUGUUAUGCGUAUAUUUGUUUGUUUGAAAAUAUAUACAUAUAUAUAUAUAUAUUUAAGAUUUUGAUAUUUGUAUGGCGUUCGAUCAAACGCUGACGAUGGCCCCUCAUCAUCGUCUCUAUUUAUAUCGCUCACCUCGGAGUCCCGCCACUUCUUCCGAUCUCCCGCGUUCAUCGUCGUCUUCGUCGUCUUCUUCGCCUCGUCUCAUAUUCACGAGGAGGAGCUCCUGCGGCGGCGGCGGAGCCAUGGCGGCGUCGGGCGCCGGCCACCCCCUCCGCCGCCGCGCGGAUGGGAUGUCGCAGUUGCCAUCGGCCGCGCGGAGGAUCGCCCACCACCUCAACGCCGUCGUCCGCGGCGACUCCCUCGCCUCCGGCGAGAGCGACCCCGCCGUCGUCCCCAGCCCCCUCUUCUCCCAACGCGCCCUCGUCUCCUCCCUCGAUCAGUAUCGAGAAAUGUAUAGGAGGUCGAUAGAGGAUCCUGCGGGUUUCUGGUCGGAGAUUGCCACCCAAUUCUACUGGAAAGAGACAUGGGAUCCGGAGGUCUAUGCAGAGAACAUUGAUGUAAGGAAGGGAGCCGUCAGCAUCGAGUGGUUCAAAGGGGCCAAGACGAACAUAUGCUACAAUGCAGUGGAUCGAAACGUCGAAGGACGAGAUGGGGGGAAGGUUGCUUUGUAUUGGGAGGGCAACGAGCCUGGUCUCGACGGUCGACUAACUUAUUCUGAGCUGUUGGACAGGGUUUGCCAGCUCGCAAACUACUUGAAACAUGUUGGUGUUGGAAAGGGGGAUGCGGUGGUCAUCUACUUGCCUAUGCUAAUGGAGCUGCCCAUUGCCAUGUUGGCAUGUGCUCGGAUCGGUGCCGUCCACUCGGUGAUGCCUGCUGUAGUUUUUGCCGGCUUUUCUGCGGAGUCGCUCACUCAAAGGAUAGCAGAUUGCAGGCCUAAAGUAGUUCUCACGUGCAAUGCCGUGCAAAGGGGCUCCAAAACCAUCUUUCUUAAAGAUAUUGUGGACACUGCUCUGGGUGAAUGUGCCAAGGACGGUGUCCAUGUAGGUCUUUGUCUGACAUAUGAAAACCUGUCAGCCAUGAAAAGAGACGAUACAAAGUGGCAGGAGGGAAGAGAUGUUUGGUGGCAGGAUGUUGUCCCGAACUUCCCAACCAAGUGUGAAGUGGAAUGGGUUGAUGCAGAGGAUCCGCUAUUUCUCUUGUACACAAGUGGAAGCACUGGGAAGCCGAAGGGUGUCUUGCAUACAACUGGCGGAUAUAUGGUCUACACUGCAACAACAUUCAAAUAUGCAUUUGACUACAAGCCAACAGAUAUAUACUGGUGCACUGCCGAUUGUGGUUGGAUCACCGGACAUAGCUACAUUACCUAUGGCCCUCUUUUAAAUGGAGCCACUGUCGUGGUUUAUGAAGGGGCUCCAAACUACCCAGACCCCGGUCGCUCAUGGGACAUUGUCGAUAAGUAUAAGGUGACGAUAUUCUACACUGCUCCGACACUUAUUCGUUCUCUUAUGCGAGAUGGCGAUGACUAUGUCACUCGCUACUCCCGUAAAUCUCUACGUGUUCUAGGAAGCGUAGGGGAGCCUAUCAAUCCUAGUGCUUGGAGGUGGUUUUUUAAUGUUGUCGGGGACUCACGAUGCCCCAUAUCAGACACCUGGUGGCAAACCGAGACUGGAGGCAUCAUGAUUACACCUUUACCCGGCGCUUGGCCGCAGAAGCCUGGUUCUGCAACCUUUCCCUUCUUUGGUGUUCAGCCGGUCAUUGUUGAUGAGAAAGGGAAUGAGCUAGAAGGCGAAUGUAGUGGAUAUCUUUGCAUCAAGAAGUCUUGGCCUGGGGCUUUUCGAACGCUUUAUGGUGAUCAUGAGAGAUAUGAGACCACAUACUUUAAACCAUUCGCUGGCUAUUAUUUCUCUGGUGAUGGCUGCAGGAGGGACAAGGAUGGUUACCAUUGGCUCACUGGAAGAGUUGACGAUGUCAUCAAUGUUAGUGGGCACCGUAUUGGCACAGCAGAGGUAGAGUCAGCCCUCGUUUCACAUGCGCAGUGUGCGGAGGCUGCUGUAGUUGGUGUGGAGCAUGAGGUUAAAGGACAAGGGAUAUAUGCUUUUGUCACUUUGGUGGAGGGUGUUCCUUACAGUGAAGAACUACGUAAAAGCCUCAUAUUAACAGUCCGCAACCAGAUUGGUGCUUUUGCAGCCCCAGACAAGAUCCACUGGGCUCCAGGACUACCUAAAACGAGGAGCGGGAAGAUCAUGCGGAGGAUAUUGAGGAAGAUCGCAUCCAGGCAAUUAAAUGAACUAGGAGAUACCAGUACUCUCUCUGAUCCCACGGUGGUGGACCAGCUUAUUGCACUUAGCGAUCACUAGAGCAUUAGAUAGUGAUCAUUAGAAUUUCCUCCGUCACCCGUUCUGCUCAAAUUCAGGUGCUGAGGUUCUCUCUGUUUAUAGGAGUUGUUAUAACUUGAAAUAAGUGGCUUCAUUCCCCCACCCUCAAAUGCCCCUUACAAAUACAUUAUGUUGAAUGCUUUUGAGCCAGAUGUUGAAUCUUCCGAUCAGGUGCUGUAUUUGAAAGGAAUCGUCAGGUUACUCUGUUAUAUAUGCUUCUACUAAUUUAAAUAAACUAGGGUUGCUGGGGAAACUCUGGAAUGAGUAUUUUCAUUGUAUGGUGGUGGUUCCUGUUUAUUGUCGAGCAAGUACUAGUCUACAUACUCUUUUAAGAAUACUUUGAUGAAGUUACAAGGAAAAUAAUAAUAAUAAUAAAAUUCUAGGCACUUAUCUCUUUUCUCA